GGAAAAUGGACGCAACCGGCGCGGUGGAGCAGGACCGGCGCGGCCAAGCGAAUGUCCAUUACGAGAUACUUCAGCAAGAAAAUGCUUCCUCGAAUAGUCGAUCUCAACGCAUACUGGGAGAAUUGGCAGUUCUCUGCUCGGAUCGCGAUACUGUCCUUUCCACCGACUCCCUGCAAUACUUGAGUACUGCGGGACGAGCCGAAGGGGUGAAACUUAGUGCAGAAAAAGUGCUUGUGGCCACCUCAGGCAAGAAGGACGACUACAGCUGCAGUAACAGCUCCCGCAUGUCUUCGGAAGCGUCGCGACGACAACGGGUGGAAGAACUGACCAGGUUUUUCAUGGAAGCCAAGUCCGACAUUGAAUUUGCGCUAAGUGGCGGGGGCCGUCGAAACGAGAGCAUGCGCGCGACGUCGGCCGUCGCAGCUGCCGCGGCGGAACUUGACCUAAACGACGACGAUCGCGACAUGAUAGACAGUAGCGACUCCACGUCGUCGUCCCUAGUUAUUCCACCUCUGCCUUCCUCCAUGACGGACCAGAUGUCUGGGGAUGCCGACACGUCGUCAUCGUCCACGCCGCUCUUGCCCCCACCGCCUCCCUCUGAGACAGACAUCCACGUCCCCUCCCCGGCCGUCCCACUGCAUAUUCAGUUGCUCGAGGACGCUGUGGACCCGCGCGUUUUCCAUCCUUUGCUAUUAGCGAUCCGUGAAACUGAUCCACUGUUGUACGGGACGAUCGUGUGCCACCCGUUGGUCACCGGGCACGACGCCAUGCCGAAGAAGUUUGAGAGCGGAAGCAAGCGCGCAAGCAAAAAGAAAAAGCAACGAGGCACUGCCGCUUCCACUGCGUCGUCCUCGAAAUCGAAGAAGCCCGAGAUGUACCACCCGGAUUUCACGCUACCGCCGUUGACUCCAGACGAGACAGCGUUGAACCUGGCGCGGUUUGUCGCGCGUGCUAUUGGGGAUCGAUCGGUGCAAGCCCUUCUCCUCGUCGUCAAGGUCAUGGCAUCGUACCCAUUGCACGAGGUGGAGAUCCCUGUGGGGUCGCACUUGCAAAUCUUGAGCGGCCAGGCGCCGUCGCCGUCGCCCCCAGCGUCGGUGGAGAAAGACAAGGAACGUGCCAGUCCCAAUGCGGAAUCGGCUGCAUCCUUGGACUUUAUCAGCAGCGUCAUGGAGUUGGAGGGUCAACUGGAUCCGCUCGCUGCUCUCCGAUCUCGACUCGGUCGAUUUGAACAAAGUCAUCGUGCCAUGGACAACGAUGCAGAGGAGGACGAAGAUCGGCUGGUGGAACAAAUGAGUCUACACAUGCCCAACCUGGACGAAGGGGUCGACGAAGAAGCUCUCAUGGCGCGUGCGAUUGCACUGUCGCUGUCCCCCGAAGUCGGCUUGAAAGACGAAAAAACCGAUGUACCCCCGCCCCCUCUUCCGCUGACGCCCACCAUCAUCGAGCAACCAACGCCUGUGCCGUUCUCCCCGGACGAACUGUGGCGGCUGUACGAUCCAUUACCAGACGUGGUUGAUGGCGCCACCGUCAUCAUGUAUUGCUUGGGGGCGCUGCUCGAGGAUUGUCAAUCGUACGUGGCAAGUGUCAAACGCAGCAUUUUGCCCGCCGCCAGUCCCGUCGUGCCGCAUCCUCUGACGUUUCUUCUGUUGCACUCGAAUCUGGCGUUCUUCUGGAAUGUCCUCCACGACCGGGAGACGGUGGCCACCGACACAAGUCAGCUCCACCCGCUCGAUGAAGUGGUUGUUGAAGCUGGACAAGUCGUGGUGUUGCAUGUGCUUGAGCUGCACUUGUUUCACGUGGACGUCGUGGGGACAGCACCGGCUUCGGUCGGUCUCGGCCAAUCCGUCGCGAAUCCAAACCCCGUCCCCACUGCGUUGAAGGUCAUUGUCGAGCGCUACACUGCACAAACCAAGGACAUGACGACGACUGGCGAGUUGCGCCAUCCCGUGGCAGUUCAGUACCAUGAUCGCGUUCUCGAACAGGCUCUAGUCACGUGGGUGCAUGGACUGGCUUACUUUUACCCCGACCAUUCGUCUCGCCAUCGCCUGCUUGUGUCGCUGCUCGACGACAUUCAUUCGAAGCCUCUGAGUGACUCCUGUCGUGUGUUUCUUCAGUACCAACUGGACCUGAUGUGCACUCGUAUGGCGCUGCCCGACUUGGCUCUGCCCUUCGUUCCCCUACAGACCGUGUCAUGCCACCAAGUUGACGACGCCGCGCUCGUCCAAAGCUCCUCGACAAAGUCGCCGCUCGUGUGGGCUCCCUCGACAAUUCGUGAGGGAUUGAAUCAAGGCACAUGUUCUGUACAAGCUGUUAUGGAUAUGUGUAAUGCAGCUGGCGACCUUCACCAGCCGAAGCUGUCGUCCUCCGAGGUCACUAUUGAAAACGUGGCUGAGUUGUACCAGCAACUCUUUGACAAAGUACAAGCGGAGAUCCAUACGAUUUGGAACGAGCUCCCUGUGUUGGCCGAUUUGCUGCUGCGCCACGUGCACAUUUACCCGACAGCGCAGUCGCCGCCGCCGUCAGCCUUCCCCCACGCUCCACUUGUUGCAAACGUUACUGCGUCGUCAUCGCCAGUGCUCCUCCUCCUGCGGGCUCUACAGGACGGCAUGCUGCAGUGCAUUCACGGCAUCGCCACGGGUAGCAAUGGCCAACCCUCACCCGCCGCGUUGGAGUUUGACCCCUCACGAUGCGCCGAAACUCUCACGCUGGUUGAUAAUAACACGAGCGCCAAGCAACACACGGCCAAGCAAUGGGGCAUGGUCUUGUCCACGUAUGCCUGUGCUCCCAACACGGGCCUCCACGAGUGGGCUGUACGCCUCGAUCGGUGCGAAAAGGGUCACGUGUUUCUCGGCGUUUGUACUCGAGAUGCCGCCGUGUCGACGUACGUCGGGGGUGAUCGACAGGGGUGGGGCCUCAUUGGUACCCGAGCGUUGUGGCACAAUCGCAGCAAAGUUCGCGGAGACUACGGCGACGGGUUCAGCACGGGCAGCACCGUGCGCGUACGCCUGAACACGGAUACUGGCGCGCUCAGCUUCGGUCUGUUGGACGACGAUAGCGACUGGGGAACUGCAUUCGAUGGCCUCACGCAGUACGGCGCGUUGUAUCCCGCAAUCGGACUGUACCAACGCGACGACCAGGUGACGCUUGUGCACACCCACAAUUUUUCUGGUUCAAUGCCGAUCCCCAAGGCGCUGUCUCCUACCCAUCUGUCCCCACGAGGAGCGGUCCAUGGAAGCGAAUCCCCGUUUCCAACCCAAUCAUUCGCAAUGGACACGGACGUGGUGUUCCAAACCCUGGUGAGCUACACUCACAAAGUUCUUGACGUUGAGCAGCUGAGCGUGCCGCUCCUGAGCGCGCUCGCGCUAAUGAAGGCGUCCUGGCGCGUCCAGUUUGCGUGGCACUUGCUGCCGGCCAUGGUCGAGCUGGUCAAGCGACUGGACUCGGAGCAGCACCCGUGGCAGUUGGAGAUUGGUGGGACGUGGGAACUGAAAUCGAGCGCGGCCGGAAACAUUCCAGCGCAGCAGUACGUAGUGGAGCUGACGCAGGACAGUCGAGGAGGGGACUUGACCGGCCACUCCGUUUCGACGAACGCAGUUAGCUUGAAAGGUACGCUGCGAGGCACGAAAGUGAAUUUCCUCGAGACGUGGAUGCAAGGAAGCACAUGCUUGGUCGCGGGCCGAGUUCGCGUCGACGGCAAGACAUUUGCAGGAACUUAUGAAGAUACCAAGAGCCACACGAGCGGCCGGAUCAUGGGCGAAUGCAAGGCAAGUGCUUCUACCGCACCGAGUCUUGCCACAUCAGCAGCGCGACCGGUUCUCCACCUCGUGGCAUCGACCCUCGUUGGCGCGUACAUUUCAAGCUUCCUCACGCAUGACGCACCGGUGAUUGAGAAGAGCAUGAUUGGAUUGGACGAAUCCGAGAUUGCGCCGUCGGUUGCGGACGCGCCAUUCGAAGAGUACGACGAAUGGAUCAAUUGCUCCUUGCUGUCGGGAGGUCUGCCCCUCGCGGACAUUAGUCGACACUUGCAAGCGCUUGUUCAAACGUCGCACCACCCGUUGCUGCCGUGGUUUCAGCCGAUCUUGCCACCCCCAUUGCCUGCAACGUCCAACGAAGGCUUCAGCUCGUUCUUGCAAGACUUGAUGUCUGGCCGCGAGAGCGGAGUCGAUUCAUACGUCACCAAGCACGCCGGGGAGUCUGCCUUUGUCCGACUUGGAGGCGAGGCCAUGAAAACCGCCAAACGCACGGUUUUGGCUGCCAUGUUGUGGCACGCACAAGUGGCGUCAAUCGAUGCCUCACAAGAAGACAUUCGUCCGAGCGAAAACAUCCUGCACAUUUGGCGGUCGGCCCACCGUGUCAUUGAGUGGGGAAUUCGCACGAAGAACGCCAACGCGAUGACGUAUGCCAGUGUCGCAACUCUCAUUACCCGUCGCGCUCGAUUCCUGCUUCGACUUCAACCGAUCCGUGGUCACCAUGUGCUGCAAGAGCGCGCGUUCUCGGAAAUCGUGAUGAAUGUGUCCAGAUUCAUCGAAGCGGGCGUCCAAUUGAAGCGGCUGGAAUCGAUGAUGCUACAGAAUUGCUCGAGGGCGUAUUUUCGCAUGCUUGGACUGAACGCGAUGCGUGCCGUGGUGGAACUUGGCCUUCAACAGAGUGCCGGACUGUGCGGUGUGCUGCAGUGGCUGAGCAACGUGGACUCGUUGGACCAGUCCGUGUCAAUCCACGGAGGGUCCCAUUACCUAGAUGCGCUCGGUGGGGCUGGCACGGCUCUACACCGUCAAGUGCGUGAGUCAUGGGAACAAUUGUACGGCAACCUGGCAGCUCUCCUGUCUCGCGCGACAUGGGCCAAAGAUCACGAUGUGCAAUUGGUGGUGCUCCAAGCAUGGGGCGUGAUCAUCACCCCCGACGACCAUGCAUUCAUUUCCCGUGUCGGUAUCUUCCGCACCCUCCAGACUGUCCUUGAUGAAGCGCGGUCGUCGGCGGCGUCGUCCAGCGACAACCACAGUCCGACAAAACCCAUUGUUCAAGCUGCACUCAAAGUGGUGCAUCUCCUGGCUGCACAAGUCGCAACCAGUAGCCACGAAGAGCCCGCGCCAUCGUCGACCCAAGAUGUGAAUGCCUCGAUCCCACUUGUCCGUCAGCCAUCGGGCCCUGAAACCCUCGGCAAAAGUGUGUUCAAUAUGUUGUACACGGAGCUCAACAACGCAUGCCAAGAAGAUGUGGGGCCGCAACAAUAUUGCUAUCAAAUUUGCAGUCUUCUGCACUCAGUGAGCGGAGCUGCGAUUUGCCGACAGCACUUGUCGUCGGGACGGUGGCUGCGAUUGCUGCUGCAGCUGGUGGAACGAGGAACGUUUGCCAUCCAACAACGUGUACUGCAGCUUCUGCGUCGACUCCUCCCGUUUUUGUCCCCGCUUUCGCUUCACAUUCAAGCCACAUCGGACGACGAAUACAUGGGCACUGGCGACGAUGAUGACGCUCGCAACGCGUCGGAGCUGGUCGGCUUUUUCCUGAACUUACUGGGCCGUUUGAUUCCAACAGUGUCCAAUGCGGAAGGGGACAAACAGACAGGAAAACAGUCAAAUCUCAAGCUCCACCACGGGUGCGGUGUCGAAGUUGUUUUGUUGCUGCGAUCGCUGCUGCCAUCUCCAGAGUGGGCGACAGUUAUGCAUGCGGUGUUUUUGCAAGCGCUAUCCGCACCGUCGAAUUCGUUUGAUUUUCGAACUCGCGCUUUGGCGGUGCUUUGUGUGUUGGGCGGUCACAUUGAAGGGCUGCAAGUCGGGAUGGUCAUUCAGUUGCUGCCUCGAUCUACCAAUGCUCCGACCCACGAAAUCAUGUUUCGAGGUGCCAAGGGGGUGUUGGUCGGAUUGGAUGUCGAAAAAGGUGCGGCGGAGGUGCUUCUGCAUAAGAAUGGCGCAUCUGGAGCAACAACGGACCUUAGCUUGAGCUCAAGUCGCUCGAUCCGAGUCCCGUUGGAGGAUAUUUCGGCCUUGCCAGACGUCGAAUGCAAAAGCUCGGACAUUUCCCAGCCUAUUUUGGCGCAGUUGGUUCAAAACAACUUGCCGUACUUCUUGACUUCGGUCUUGAACUCGAACGACGACCCGUCCGAUCACGACGACGACGCAGGCGACACGAACGAGUCCCAAGAUGCAAAGGACCAACUCGUAGCGCUGAUCAUCAGCCUCAUGGGGUUUCGCGCGCUGGGAUCUCUUGUCCAACAAGGCGACGUCCUCGUCUGGCUGCGUGCUUCAAUUCCAGCGCUGUUUCAAGUUGCAACGAUUCACACGCAAAACACAUCGGAUAUUGGGUUGCUUGAAGAGCAUUGGAUUCAGAUGUACAAAAAGUGGUGCGAUACCCAGCGCCCCCCGUCCGUCGAUGCCAGCAAUGGUGACGCGGCACACGAUAUGUCGGCAGCUUUUGCUCCACCGUCGGCCCUGUGCCAGCAAAUGAUGGAAAUGGGCUUUCCUCGCGAAUGGUGUGAGGUGGCCUUGCAAAAGUGUUCAUACCAAGUUGAAGCUGCCAUCAACUUUUGCUUUGAGCACUCAAGUGACAUGGAUCGGUUGGUGAAGCAGCCAAACGUUGGCGCUGCCACAAGGCGACGGACGGGAGGAUCGGCCUCCGCGCCGAGCGUCCUUGCUGCCCGAAGCAAUCGACCUGAUGUGUCCCCCAUUUUACUCGAGCAACUGAGUGAAAUGGGGUUUCCCAUCACAUGGUGCAAGAAGGCAUUGAUUGCAAACCGCAACAACGUGGAUGCGGCACUGACUUGGAUUUUGUCAAAUGGCGAAGCUUUGGAAGCGGACGACCGCCGCCAAGAAGAGCAGCGAGAUGCUGGCAAGAGUGGCGACCUCGAAUGCCCUGCGAUUGUGAGGAUUCCCCAAGGGCCGAACCCGUUGCGUCCCGUGAGCGGUCUUGCCACGAUCAAUGAUGACAUGCUCGUCGAGGGAUCUGCAGGGGGUGGAUUUGCCUCUGUUGGAGCUCCUGACUGCAUCGCGCUAGCGGGCAAAUGGUACUACGAAGCGACGCUCAGCACAUCUGGAUGCAUCCAGAUCGGGUGGGCGGACGCAGCCUUCAGCGGGGCUUCAGAGCGCGGCGACGGCGUCGGCGACGGGCCACACUCGUGGGCAUAUGACGGGUGGCGUCAGAUGAAAUGGCAUGGUAACAGCUGCCCAUACGGUCUCAAGUGGAAACCAGGUGACGUGAUUGGGUGUGGCAUCGACUGCGACGCUGGCAUGAUGUUUUUCACGCUCAAUGGCAAAAACAUGGACGCGGCGUUUCGAGGAGUCGAGUUUGCGGGGGGAGUGUACCCGUGUGCGUCGUUCAACCGCCGCGAACGACUCACGUUUAACUUGGGUGGGCUGCCGUUCAAGCAUCCGAUUCCUGGAUUCUCUCCCGUUCUGCAUACUAUUUGGACUCCCACGUGCAACUCUACGUCGAGCUAUGACAAGGGCGAGCACGAAGAUUGCUUGGAAGAGUACGUUGGCGAAGAGUACUUUGACUGCCGGUACUUUGCAAAGGACAUCAAGGCAAGUGGCGGGGCACGCAUCAAGUCGACGGUGGACCCAACGAUGGAUUUCCGCGCGUUGACACGUGCCUUGGCGAUCCUGCACUGCCGCAAGAUGCUGGUGUACAUCUUGGCCGCAUCGCCGACGAGCUUGCUGGAUGACGUGCCGACGGAGCUAGUGACUACGUUCUUAAAGCUCGUGGCGACGUAUACAUCGCCGGCGUCCACCGUGUCGGAGAUUUUCAAGCCCGCGGUCGUGACCGCGUUAAGUCCACACCUAGAAGAUGCAAUUCUCCGGUGCAUCGACGAUCAGAUCCGACUCGCGUCUGGCCGCAAAUAUGCCAAAAUUCACUGGGACAGCGCCGUCGAAAGUAUUGUCACGAACCAGUUGUCGAUGUUGAAUGUGGAUGACCCGCCCGUCGUGUGGCACGACAGCCACGUGUUGGCGCAUCCGAACGUCGGCCUCGCCGAGUUUGUGACGACUCUGAUGGCGUCCAAGCACCCGGUGGCAUUGAUUCAAGCGUGGAGCCGUGCGUUCCGCUCGCCCAGCAUGAAUUUGAAAGAAAAAGCGUUUCGGAUCCUCUCGGGCCUUGUUCCUCAAGUCCCAAUCUCGCAAUUGGAGGCUAUCCCUGUCGCACGACUCCAUGCGUUGACCUGCGCUCGCCUCGCCAAGGAGUACGUAAACUACCCUGUCGUGUCCAAGUACCUUGAAAGCUUGAUGGAGUUGACGGCAACGCUGUUCGUUGUGUCGCCAUCCGAAGCAAAACCAUCGCUCGAGCCGCGCAUCACCAAAGCGAUCCAGCUCUUGCAAAUGUUGGACCAGCUCCCUGUGGUUCAAACACCGUCGUUAGCUCCACCGGACACGGAAUCACCGCCAAGCGAGACACGAUUGCUUUCCAACGCACCUGACGACGACGACAUGUCCUCUGAGGACCAGAAUGCAUCACUCCUGACCCCGACGACGCCCCCGUCGCCGUCGGCAGCUCCAUCCUUCCAAACGUCCCCGACUGUUGGCCCUCCCGUCACAGUCGCAUACUUGACUCCAGCCCAGAAAAGCAUCUUGCUCGCCGCGCAAUAUGGCUUUAAAGUUGGUGACACGGAAUGGCACCAUGGGUUUGAAAUGGGCGUGCUCAGUGACGAAGCGUCCCAGUUCUGGAGUGGCCAAUUGAAUCAACCGUUCCCAGUGCAACCCCCGGCAAGCACACCAGACGUACCGACCACUCCGCCCCCACCGCCAUUAACAAUUGGUUGCAAAGUCAUUCGCGGCCCCAACUGGAAAUGGCGCGAUCAAGAUGGUGGCCAAGGCAGCAUCGGCGUCGUCGAAGGCAUCAGUCCUUGGAGUGGAAUUGAAGGCGAAGGGAUGAGUGUGCGUUGGCCAAACGAUGCCCUCUACACGUACCGCUGGGGCGCGGAUGGUCAGUAUGACUUGACUCAUGUUGAAGUCGACAGUGAGAACCAAGUGAUCACAACGUACCCGACUCCAGAAAUUGCUCCUCCAUCCAAGCAACAAGUCCAGCUCGGGGUCAUCUUUCGUCUCCACCGCACCGACUUGCCGUCAGGCAUUGCCGGUGUCGUUGAAUACCCCGACAUGAACGCUGUGAUUGCGGUUGUCGGGCAAUACGCCGAGCACUCGAUGGAACUGGUGGAACUUGGCAUGGUUCAAGGUGAUGUUGACAUGGGAUGGCAGGUCAAGUUUGGCUGCGAUCGGUGGGUGCCCGGAACUCAAUACCACCUGACGGAAGACGGCACCAACUUGACUGGAGAGUACACCCACAGCUUGUGGCAGCCUGAGACCAAAACGUGGGUUCCUGUACAAAGCACGCUGGAAGCGCAAUCCAAGCACUUAUUCGUACUGGAUAAGCAAGCAACGUUCUCGACCAUGAACUUGUCCGACGACAGGAUGUCUGUGCAAUGCACGUCAGGAGAAGCGCGCAACUUGUCGUUGGGCACCGUGGGGUUUAGCAGCGGCAUCCAUUACUGGGAAGUCCGCGUCGACCACGGCGAAUUCGGCAGCGUAUUCUUGGGAGUGUGUGAAAAGCACGUCAAGGGCCAGCCGUCGCUCAACUUGGGCCGGUGGCAGGGCUGGGGGUUUGUCAACUUUCGAGCGACGUACCACAACUCGACGGAGCGCAUUUACGGCGACCACUUCAACACAGGCGACACGAUUGGUGUGUGCCUCAACAUGGAAUCUGGCAAAUUGCGCUUCUUCAUGGACGGAAUCAAGUACGGCGAGCACAUUGUGACCGACUUGGGCGUUGCCUUUGACGGUCUCAAGAGCGAUCGCCACAUCAAAACGUUGUAUCCGUGCAUUGGCUUGCGCAAAGCGGGCGACAAGGUGACGCUGAAUGGCAAGUGGGUGUCGCAGCCAGGUCUAUCCCCGACGCUGCUGUGCCAAGACAACGUGGAGCUGCAGUCUGUCUUGCACGCUUGGUCGCAUGAUCGUCCGUUGCCGUUGGCAUUCAUGCAGUCGAGUUAUGCCUUUUACACACGAUGGCGCACAAAUCGCUACCGCCGGGUUGCAAUUCGAUCGAAAGGCAUGCAAAUUGAUGUCGACACGUCCGUGGAGCGAUGCAUCCAAGUGUGCGGCAGUAGCCCAACGGUGCUCGUUGCAGGAGACCGUGUGCGCAUCAUCAGCAAGGGUGGGCGUGCGCUGGACGCUCCGGAAGAGGCCAUUGUGUUAGGGGUGUAUCGCAAUCGGCUGUGGUAUCGCGUCGAGACCCAAGGCAAUGAGGGAGGUGAAGAAGGACGUGGAUAUGCCUGGUACUGGGACAACGAAGAGCUGCCGGAGCUGGUCUUGAUCAAGCGAAACGGCAUUGAAAUCCAAGCCACGACGACGAUCCCUCCCCCUGACGCCUUCGCCUCUGCUACAAAUCAAGCACCUUUAGUCGGCUUCGACGCGUUUUGCACGUUGGCGCACGGAAUGUUCGCAACGGAUCAAUCAAUCGUCGAUCAAAUCAACUCGCUGUGCGCAACAGUCGGCGUCGACGUGAUCAACUUGCCCUGCCAAGCGGUCGAUAUUGCCGUGCAGCCCCGUGUGGCCUUGCUGAUGGUUCUCAACCAAAAGGUGCUCCGCAGCUUGCCCCUCGUCCGCUUUGACGACCGAAGUGUGCGUGCGCUGCGCCGGCUCACGUUUACCAGCACCAAAUUGAGUUUCUGGGAUGCUACGUUGAAAGCAACGGCGACGCCAACCCCGCUACCCAGCGACGAAUAUGAAGACCCGCGAGAAAUUCGAAUCAUACGCAUCAACCGCAUUCAAGCCCAAGCGUCCAAGCUCGCGCUAUGUCCGUCCCCGUCGGAUCGGCUACGAAAAUCAGUGUUUGGACAACUCUACCGUGAAAUGCGAACGUGGAGCGACUCUGGCUUCCGACGAGCGUACACGGGCAAGGGCCAUGGCGGCCAAAAACGAGCCUUCAAAGUGAAAUUCCUUGGGGAAGGCGUCAACGACUACGGCGGCCCGUACCGCGCUGUGUUUGAGCAGAUUGUCGAUGAGCUCCAGAUGGAUCAGGUGGAAAUCACAAAGGGUGAGCAGGGCCUUUUGCCGCUACUCGUUCCAUGUCCGAAUCGCCGGUCGGGGACAGGAAUGAAUCAAGAUAAGUUUGUGCUGAACCCGAGCUGCGGCACGAUUUCCGUUGCCGUCGGUCCCAUUGCUCUUGAAUUGCACCGCUUCCUCGGUAAGUUGAUCGGGACUGCCGUGCGCCAUGGGCUCCAAAUGGGUCUCGACCUUCCGUCGGUCGUGUGGCGGCCGUUGGUCGGACUUCCGUUGAAUCGCCAUCACUUGGAAGACAUUGACGUUGUCGCGUUCAACACGUUGACCACACUUGAAACGCUGCCACCGUCCAAGGAUGCCGACGAGUACUGCAAGCAGUUUACCUUUACAACCCACCUGAGCGACGGCACCGAGGUGGCGUUGCGCCCAGACGGCGAGACACAGCACGUCGACUAUGCGUCUCGAGAUGCGUUUGUCGACUUGACAUUCAAGAAGCGGCUGGUUGAGAGCGGCCCACAACUUGCUGCUCUGCGCGAAGGCUUGAGCGCUGUGAUUCCGAUGGAGAUUGCCGGGUUGUUCACCGCCAAGGAGCUCGAAACCCUCGUGUGCGGUCGACGGGAAGUGGAUGUGUCGCUGCUCAAGCAAUGCACCGAGUACGAAGAUGUGGACCCAAACAGCGACCUCAUCGUCGCGUUCUGGCAAGUGUUGGAGGAGUUUUCCCCCGACGAGCGAACGCUGUUUUUGCUCUUUGUGUGGGCGCGCAGCCGCAUGCCGAAUUCGGCCAAGGAUUUCCCCAUGAAUUUCAAGAUUCAGGCCCCGCACGACCAAGGCGCGCGAAGCCACCCCGAUCAGUACCUGCCUCACGCCCAGACAUGCUUCUUCUCGCUGAGUCUGCCGGCGUACUCGACGAAAGAGAUCCUAAAGGCCAAGCUGUUGUAUGCGAUUCAGAACUCGCCCAACAUGGACGCCGACGUGCGUUUGCACAAUGCCGAAGGAUGGGCGGAUGCGUAAACGACGUAAACCAAUUCUAUAAUCAUUCCAUCAUUCUUG